UAAAUCCUCGCAGAUGAAGAAAAGGCCGACAUCUGCAGUCGGAUACAAACGACCCAUCAGCCAGUAUGCCAGGGUUGCCAUAGCGAUGGGCGCUCACUCCAGAUACAGGGCUGAAAACAUCAUGUUUCUGGAGCUUGACAUGACUCCUCCAAACACCGCCUCACUGGACCGCUCAACGGAGGUGGAGCCGAACCAAAGUCACUCUCUCGACAAUUCGCCCACCAAAGACAGAGGCGUCCGCAAGUCUCGAUCCUGGUGCCAGAACCCAAAAUCCAUCACUUCCUCCUCUUCUAAUGUUUCUUUGGCAGCUUGUCACACGGCCACACCCAUGGCGGCACAGUAA